UGGGGCCGAUGCAUGGGAGAUGAAUGUGGCCCAGGAGGCAUUCAAACCCGGGCUGUGUGGUGUGCUCAUGUGGAAGGCUGGACAACGUUACACACAAACUGUAAACAGGCCGAGAGACCCAGUAAUCAACAAAACUGUUUCAAAGUGUGUGACUGGCACAAGGAGUUGUAUGACUGGAGGCUGGGACCCUGGAAUCACUGUCAGCCUGUGAUUUCCAAAAGCCUGGAGAAACCCCUUGAGUGCGUUAAGGGGGAGGAAGGCAUUCAGGUGAGAGAGAUAACAUGCAUCCAGAAAGAGAAAGACAUUCCGGCAGAGGAUAUCAUUUGUGAGUACUUUGAGCCCAAACCUCUCCUGGAACAGGCCUGUCUCAUCCCCUGCCAGCAAGACUGCAUCGUGUCUGAGUUUUCUGCCUGGUCAGAAUGCUCCAAGACGUGUGGCAGUGGGCUCCAGCACCGGACACGGCAUGUGGUAGCGCCACCCCAGUUUGGAGGCUCCGGCUGCCCGAACUUGACAGAGUUUCAGGUGUGCCAGUCCAGCCCGUGUGAGGAUGAAGAGACCAUGUACAGCUUGCACGUGGGGCCCUGGAGCUCGUGCUCAAUGCCUCACUCCAGACAAGUAAGACAGGCAAGGAGACGUGGGAAGAAUAAAGAACGGGAAAAGGACCGAGGAAAAGGAGUGAAGGAUCCAGAAGCCCGUGAACUUAUUAAGAAGAAAAGAAACAGGAACAGACAGAACCGACAAGAGAACAAAUAUUGGGACAUCCAGAUUGGAUAUCAGACCAGAGAGGUUACGUGUACUAACAAGACGGGGAAGGCUGCCGAUUUGAGCUUCUGCCGACAAGAGAAGCUGCCAAUGACCUUCCAGUCCUGUGUGAUCACCAAAGAGUGCCAGGUGUCAGAGUGGUCAGAAUGGAGUCCCUGCUCAAACACGUGCCGUGAUGUGGCAUCCCCAAAAGGCACUCGUGUCAGGACACGGAUCAUUAGGCAGUUUCCUAUUGGCAGUGAGAAGGAGUGUCCAGAACUUGAAGAAAGAGAACCCUGUGCAUCUCAAGGAGACACAGUUGUCCCCUGUGCCACGUAUGGCUGGAGGACUACAGAGUGGACUGAGUGCCGGGUGGACCCUUUGCUCAGUCAGCAGGACAAGAGGCGGGGCAACCAGACUGCCCUCUGCGGAGGAGGGGUGCAGAUGCGAGAGGUAUACUGCGUGCAGACCAAUGAAAACCUCCUCUCACACUUAAACACCCACAAGGACAGAGAAGAAAGUAAAUAUCAGAGUACGUCGAAGUCUAGUGCUGCACCUUUCCUAUCCAUCACUUUUGAAAUAACAGCCUCAAAACCAGUGGACUUGAAAUCAUGCACUGGCCCUGUUCCUAAUACUACACAGCUGUGUCACAUUCCCUGUCCUAUUGAAUGUGAGGUGUCACCUUGGUCAGCUUGGGGACCUUGUACUUACGAAAACUGUAAUGACCAGCAAGGCAAAAAAGGUUUCAAACUGAGGAAGCGGCGGAUUACCAAUGAGCCCACUGGAGGCUCUGGGGGCACUGGGAACUGCCCUCACUUACUGGAAGCCAUUCCCUGUGAAGAGCCAUCCUGCUAUGAAUGGAAAGCAGUGAGGCUCGGCGACUGUGAACCAGACAAUGGAAAGGAAUGUGGCCCAGGCACUCAGGUUCAGGAGGUUGUGUGCAUCAACAGUGACGGAGAAGAAGUUGACAGACAGCUGUGUAGAGAUGCCAUCUUCCCCAUCCCUGUGGCCUGUUAUGCCCCAUGCCCAAAGGACUGUGUGCUCAGCAUGUGGUCUGCGUGGUCCUCCUGCUCACACACCUGCUCGGGGAAAACCACAGAAGGGAAACAGAUACGAGCACGAUCUAUUCUGGCCUAUGCCGGUGAUGAAGGUGGAGUUCACUGUCCAAAUAGCAGUGCUCUGCAAGAGGUACGCAGCUGUAAUGAGCAUCCCUGUACUGUGUACCACUGGCAGACUGGCCCCUGGGGCCAGUGCAUCGAGGACACUUCCGUAUCGUCCUUCAACACAACUACAACUUGGAAUGGGGAGGCCUCUUGCUCCGUGGGCAUGCAGACAAGAAAAGUCAUCUGUGUGCGGGUCAAUGUGGGCCAAGUGGGACCAAAAAAGUGUCCUGAAAGCCUUCGACCUGAAACGGUGAGACCCUGUCUGCUUCCUUGUAGGAAGGACUGUAUUGUGACACCAUAUAGUGACUGGACAUCGUGCCCCUCCUCAUGUAAAGAAGGGGACUCCGGAGUCAAGAAGCAGGCUAGGCACCGGGUCAUCAUUCAGCUGCCAGCCAAUGGAGGCAGGGACUGCACGGACCCGCUCUACGAAGAGAGAGCCUGUGAGGCCCCUCAAGUGUGCCAGAGCUACAGGUGGAAGACUCACAAAUGGCGCAGGUGCCAGUUAGUCCCUUGGAGUGUGCAACAGGACAGCCCUGGAGCCCAGGAGGGCUGUGGGCCUGGACGACAGGCAAGAGCUAUUACUUGUCGAAAGCAAGAUGGAGGACAGGCUGGCAUCCAUGAAUGCCUCUGGUAUGCGGGACCCGUGCCAGCUCUCACCCAAGCCUGCCAGAUCCCCUGCCAAGAUGACUGUCAGUUUACCAGCUGGUCCAAGUUUUCCUCAUGCAAUGGAGACUGCGGUGCAGUUAGGACCAGAAAGCGUGCUAUUGUUGGAAAAAGUAAAAAGAAGGAAAAAUGUAAAAAUUCUCAUUUGUACCCCCUGAUUGAGACUCAGUAUUGUCCUUGUGACAAGUAUAAUGCACAGCCUGUGGGGAACUGGUCAGACUGCAUUUUACCAGAGGGGAAAGUGGAAGUGUUGCUGGGAAUGAAAGCACAAGGAGAUAUCAAGGAAUGUGGUCAAGGAUAUCGUUACCAAGCAAUGGCAUGCUACGACCAAAAUGGCAAGCUCGUGGAAACAUCCAGAUGUAACAGUCAUGGUUACAUCGAAGAGGCUUGCAUCAUCCCUUGUCCCUCUGACUGCAAGCUUAGUGAGUGGUCCAACUGGUCACGGUGCAGCAAGUCCUGUGGGAGCGGUGUGAAGGUUCGGUCUAAAUGGUUGCGUGAAAAACCAUAUAAUGGAGGGAGGCCUUGUCCUAAAUUGGACCAUGUCAACCAGGCACAGGUGUAUGAGGUCGUUCCUUGCCACAGUCAGUGCAACCAGUACGUAUGGGUCACAGAGCCAUGGAGCAUCUGCAAAGUGACCUUUGUCAACAUGCGAGAUAACUGUGGAGAGGGUGUGCAAACCCGAAAAGUGAGAUGCAUGCAGAAUACAGCGGAUGGCCCUUCUGACCAUGUAGAAGAUUACCUCUGUGAUCCAGAAGAGAUGCCCCUGGGCUCCAGAGAGUGCAAAUUACCGUGUCCUGAGGAUUGUGUGAUAUCUGAAUGGGGUCCUUGGACCCGAUGCACUUUGCCUUGCAAUCAAAGCAGUUUCCGGCAAAGGUCAGCUGAUCCCAUCAGACAACCUGCUGAUGAAGGAAGAGCCUGCCCUAAUGCCGUUGAAAAGGAACCUUGUAACCUAAACAAAAACUGCUUCCACUAUGAUUAUAAUGUAACAGACUGGAGCACGUGUCAGCUCAGUGAGAAGGCAGUUUGUGGAAAUGGCAUUAAAACAAGGAUGUUGGAUUGUGUUCGAAGUGAUGGCAAGUCGGUUGACCUGAAAUAUUGUGAAGAGCUUGGCCUGGAGAAGAACUGGCAGAUGAACACAUCCUGCAUGGUGGAAUGUCCUAUAAACUGUCAGCUUUCUGACUGGUCUCCUUGGUCAGAAUGCUCUCAAACAUGUGGCCUCACAGGAAAAAUGAUCCGACGACGAACAGUGACUCAGCCCUUUCAGGGUGAUGGACGACCAUGCCCUGCCCUGAUGGAACAGUCUAAGCCUUGCCCAGUGAAGCCCUGUUACCAAUGGCAAUAUGGCCAGUGGUCUCUAUGCCAAGUACAGGAUGCCCAGUGUGGUGAAGGGACCAGAACGAGGAACAUUUCUUGUGUAGUGAGUGAUGGGUCAGGUGAUGAUUUCGGCAAAGUGGUGGAUGAAGAAUUCUGUACUGACAUUGAACCCAUUAUAGAGGGUAAUAAAAAAAUGGUUCUCGAGGAGACCUGCACCCAGCCUUGCCCAGGUGACUGUUAUCUGAAGGACUGGUCUUCGUGGAGCCUGUGUCAGAUAACCUGCGUGAAUGGUGAGGACCUAGGCUUUGGUGGAAUACAGGUCCGUUCCAGAGCUGUGAUCAUACAAGAACUAGAAAAUCAACAUCUAUGCCCAGAGCAAAUGUUAGAAACAAAAUCUUGUGAUGAUGGACAGUGUUAUGAAUACAAAUGGAUGGCCAGUGCUUGGAAAGGUUCUUCCCGAACAGUCUGGUGUCAAAGGUCAGAUGGUAUAAACGUAACAGGGGGCUGCUUGGUGGUGCGCCAGCCUGAUGCUGACAGGUCUUGUAACCCACCGUGUAGUCAACCCCACUCUUACUGUAGUGAGAUGAGGACAUGCAGUUGUGAAGAAGGAUACACUGAAGUCAUGUCUUCUAAUGGUACACUUGAGCAAUGCACACUUAUCCCCGUGGUGGUGAUACCCACUGUGGAGGACAAAAGAGGAGAUGUGAAAACGAGUCGCGCAGUACAUCCAACCCCAUCCUCCAAUAACCCAACAGGACGGGGAAGGACCUGGUUUCUACAGCCAUUUGGGCCAGAUGGGAGACUAAAGACCUGGGUUUACGGUGUAGCAGCUGGGGCAUUUGUGUUACUCAUCUUUAUUGUCUCCAUGAUUUAUCUAGCUUGCAAAAAGCCAAAGAAACCCCAAAGAAGGCAAAACAACCGACUGAAACCUUUAACCUUAGCCUAUGAUGGAGACGCAGACAUGUAAAAUAUAACUUACCCUGGCAACAACCAGUUUCAGAUUUCUGACUUUGCAGUAGACAUCCAGAAGCCACAAAGCUCUUCAUACUGUGUGAAUUAAAAUGCAAUGUAACUUUUUAAAAGAGCAUCAAAGAAAGGAGUGAAAAUCACAGUGCCAUUGGAGAUAUUAAGACAGUACCACUUACAAAAAAACAAAACAAAACAAAAAAAAAAAAAAAAACAGCCCUGAGAAUUCUAGGAGUUUUAGUUGAAUACAUGCUGCAUUCUAAGUUUUCUGUGAUCUUUUCUGAAAUCUACGAACUGACAGUUCACAUUCAUCUCUAAAAUAUGGUUGUGGAAUUGUUCAGUUAGGAUGCCUGAUCCAAGCCUCUGUCGGCAGUGUUAACCCGUAACAACAUUUUAGCAUGAAGAGUUUAUACCAAGAUCUCUACAAUACUAUAGUGAAGCAUAACAACAUGUAUACGCAAUUGAAUGAUACACAUUACUACGUCAGACUAUGUACUUGUUAAUAAGCAAUUUUAAUGGUGAAUAAAAGAUAAGCUCUAAGCGGAGCAGAAAAUCCAUUGAGUAAAUUCAGCAUCUUGGUCGUUGAUGAUAGCUUUCAUUAACCUGCAUUUCAGAGGCAAAGACUUUCUUCUAAGAAUUAGUUCGUGUCUUUCUCCAAAAUACGAAUGCUGGACAUGUACUAGGAUCUUAGAGAAAAAAAAAAGUCCUCAAGUUCAGUAUUUUAUAGUGGUUAUUGUCUGGAAAACUUAUUUGCUUGUGUUAAUAUAUUUCUACUUUCCCUAAUUUUCAAACUGGUUGCCUGCAUCUCUUUUGCUAUAUGGAAGGCACAUUUUUGCACUAUAUUAGUGCAGCAUGAUAGGCACUUAACCAGUAUUGCCAUAGAAACUGCCUCUUUUCAUAUGGGAUGAAGACAUAUGUGCUCAGAGUGUCAUGGAGACAUUUGCAAGUUCUUGUAUUCUAAAGAGUACAAAGUUCAGUUUGGAUGGCAACAGGAUGGAAUUCGCUAUUACAUCUGCUGUAUACACUCUUCCUCAUUGCUGCAGCCAUUGCGAAAUCAACCACAUGGCAGGGAUUUAAAUGUUCAAAUCCCGAACUCAUUAACCUUUCAAAAGAUGGAUCUCUCUAGUUGGUUUUUAAUUGUACUUUGAAGGCUGUUUAUGACUAGAUUUUUAUAUUUGUUAUCUUUGUUAAAAAAAGAAAAGAAAAGAAAAAAAGGAGCUGGUUGUCUUUUUAAUUUUGAGCAGAUGGAGAAAAUAAGGUCUUGAUAAUUUUUGUAACUACAAGGAAUCAAAAUUGUGUGUUGACUCUUCUUUUUCCUGAUUCACAUUCUUCGUUUCAUGUCAAAUGUAUCCAUGGUUGUGUCUUUCUUACUACUAAAAUUUGAGGGAGUCUUUGUAUGAUUUCAAAAGCUAAAAUUUUCAAGAGAGAAUAAGUGUUUUGCCCAGGGAUUUGUUAAAUAUCUAGACCAAGGGUCGCAAACUUUUUCUGUCAAGGCCCAGAUAGUAGAAAUUUUCAGCCAGGUCUUUGUCACAACUUUCAAUUCUGUCAUCAGAAGAAUGCAGGUGUAGACAAUACACAGUACAUAGAAGAAUGAACACGGCAGUUUCCCUAGUAAACCUCCCAUUAUAAAGACAGUCAUCAGGUCACAUUCAUUUGCAGGUUGUGGUUUGCUGACCACUGGUCUAGAAGUUUUUUCAGUGCUUACCUCUUAAUUGUGUCAUCUUUUGUUUUCAUUCAUUUACCUUAGAAUAUGAGAACUGUUUAAUUUCAAAAGUGAAAAGGAGUCAUUCAACUUUUUCACUGUUUUGGAAGUAGUUGUAUUUUUCAGAGAUGUAGCCCUGGGAAAGGCACAGUGAAGUACUAUCUAUCUGAUUUGGUAGACUUCUUGUGUGUGAAAAGAAAAUUCAAAAGGUGCCAUUAAAAAGCAAUUCCAUUUUUCAGGCAACAUUUACUGCAACAACAUUUGGUAGAGGGGAGGACAUUAGGUUUUCAGGUCUUUUAAAAAUUGUAUAAUAAGCUAUUUUAUCUUAAACAUAGCUGUGUUGCUAUAAAAGUGGUUUAGACUAGGUGUUUUACAUUCAUAGUAGAGUUUGAGCUCCCCCUGCUGUUCAUUGGAUUAUUUGCAACGAUUACAAAAAACAUCAGAUUAUCAGAUGUUGUUGCCUCAAAAAUUAACAAAUUUCUACCUAUUUCACUAAGAAUUAAAUGUAGAAAGCACUAAUUCCUUAUUAAACAUUCACUGUAUUAGGCAAAGCAAAUCAUUUAAAAGCAAAUAGGUGGUCACAAAGAUGAGAAUUUUACUUUAAAUCAAAGAUUUAAACAAAAAAAACUCAUGAAAACAAAUUCCAUUGCAUCUGUCUUAUUGAAGAGAAGGAAUAAAAAUCAUAUGAUUGUUCUAAAACUGUGAUCGUCAGUGUAUGCACUCAGGGGUCUUCCAGAUAAUCCUCAAGUUGAUCUCUUUGAAUAAAAUGAACUCCAUUUGUACAAAAUGGUUGAGAAAUAAUCUGCAGUUACUUGAAUUUAGCUAACAGCCUUAUAAAACGCGUGCAGCACCUACUAACUUUGAAGUUACUGAAUAGAAUAAAAUAGCAUUGCACAAAAGCUAUACUUCUGAUACUGUAAAAGGUCACUAAUUCAGAAGGCAGAUCAGUAUCGUGUAACCCAUAUAUUAAGAAUUAAUGAACUGAUCAAAAUUAAUUUUAUGAAAAUACAUUACUUUAUUCAUAAAUUAGUUACAUUUUACAACACUAUAUAUAUGAAGGAGACUGGGUUCAAUGUGACCUAACACUAGGGAACGUAUUGGAAGUUCACUGUUAGGAUAAAUACUGGGUGGCCUCUUGUUACAAAGAUGGAAGGCAAGACAUGUAGCCAGCUGGCUAUUUUGGACAAAUGAAGGUUACUAUAUUCAUGUUUACAACAUGAAAAUAGCCUUAGUUUUGUUCCUGGCAUGAGGCAAUAAUGAGUGAAGUACGUUACUGGAAUGUCAUAAAUAUUUUAUUCCUCCUGUUCAAUUCUAGCAGUUCAGGAGGGGGAUAUACUAGUAACUGGUCCAUUGACACUUUUGCCUUACCAAAAUGACCUGUGAGCCCACAAAAGAUUUAGAACUACUGCUCUAUAAACAUGAAGGUCUGUUUGGUUUAAAAAAAAAGAAAAAAAGAAUGACACAGUAUUAUACUAUUUUGUUGGAUUGUUUCAAUAGAAACCACACAAAAUUGGCACAACUGAUCUCUCUUUAGAGGGUGAUUUGCUUCUUUAUCACUAUCUAAUCUAGGAUAUGGACCAGAAUUCUUAUUUGAAAGCCUUUUUGAAGACACUAUAGUGUAGCUUCAAGCUAAUUUAGAAAGGAGUGCAUAGAAGCAUGCUCUUAAUUAUAACAAAGCACAAAUCACUUAUGACAAAACAAAUACUUCUUGAAUUAUCACAUGUAAGAUACUCUGCUAGACACUGUAAAACAAUUAGUCAUGACUUUUGUAUGGAAGACAUUCAAAAAAAAAGGAAUUAUGUUUAAUGAGUGAAGAAGUUACUUAAAUCACCCUUUACUCGAUUUGUCUCUAGUGUGAGAUUUUUACCUUGUGUAAUGUCCAUGUCUCAGGCCAUGCUGUUAGGCUUUUGCUGUAACCCUCCUUUGCCCUCAGGUAGGUGGCAAUGCUCAUUGUGGCUUAAUCAGAACACUGUUAAGUUCCUGGACAUUCCAAGAUAAAGCCACAUAUGCAGAACUUCUUACAGGAAGUAACAUCUCUCAGUAACCUCCUCUAAAUCUCUGUACUCAUUGCUCCUUUAUGAUCAUUUUCUCUGGUGUCUCUCUGCUCUCUUAAUAACAAUGUUGUCUACUUUUCUCAGAACCGCCAUCUACCAAUGCAUGCUCAAAGUGUUAAGUAAGGGGGGGAAAGAUGAAGCUAUUCCUUACCUAUUACAGUCCAAGUGUCACUUAGAGUGUGAACAUCUUGAUUCAAACAAAAUGUAAGAUGUAGAAGACAUACCCCCC